GCUUAUGAGUUUGCCUCUGCGAUUGAAAUCUUCCUUCCUACCCGGAUUAGACUAGCAGCUAGUUUAGAAAAUGGGGUCCACGGCACGCCUUGUUACCAUCAAAAGGAGUGGGGUGGACGGCAUCCCCUUUCCUCUGAGCCUUAGCACCUGCUUGUUCGGAAGGGGAAGUGAAUGUGACAUUCGUAUCCAGCUUCCUGUAGUGUCAAAACAACAUUGCAAAAUUGAAAUCAAUAAGCAGGAGGCAAUACUGUAUAAUUUCAGUUCCACAAAUCCAACACAAGUAAAUGGGUCUGCUAUUGAUGAACCUGUACCACUAAGACAUGGGGAUAUAAUAACUAUUAUUGAUAGGUCUUUCAGGUAUGAAAAUGAAAGUCAUCAGAAUAGAAGCAAAUCACCUGAAUUUUCAGCAAAACUAAGUGAACGGAAAUCUACAAGGCGUUCCUCAAGAGCAAGCUUCUCUGCUGACCUUGAUGGGAAAGAUCAAAAUUUCAAGGCCCACUCAAAUAUCACUGAAGGAAGUGCUUCAGGAAGAUCUCGAGUACAUGUCAAGCAACUCAAACGGGACAGUCUUACUUCUGAUGGCUCAAAGGACAGUGUUGCCCAGGAACCACUUAAGGCUCCUUCUUCAGAAAAUUCAAGACAUAGUAGCAGGAAUGCAAGAGAUCCCACCACUGGGGAUCUUAAGGAAAAGUCUAGGGUAACUGUAGUGGGCUGCUAUGGAGAACUGAAUGGUUUUUCUACUACACAGUUUCUUGACAAUAGCAAGAAAAAUGAAUCUCCCUUUAAGAAGCUCUAUCAGUCAAUAAAGGAAGAGCUUUGUGAUGUAAAAUCACAAAGACAAAAUGUUGUGCAGUAUCGUAGAAAAUCAGGAUCACCAACUGCUUACACAAAAGAAAAGGGCAGUGCUAAUUGUACACAGAAAGAGACUCAGAUAUUGAUGUCAUGUAAAUCAAGACCAAAGUCCAAUAGAAUCUCCCACAUUAAUGGUGCUUCUUCACCUGCACCAGAAAUGAGCCAGGCUGAGGAAAGCCAAAAUGAUGCAGAGCCUAUUCAGACUUCUCAAGAAUCUGUAAGUUCGGGUAUUUCUCUCUAUGAGGAGACCGGAAAGACCCCUGUGCAGCAUUCACCACAACAAAGAUCAUCACGGAAACGUAAGAGUGAAGACCUGCAUGUCACUGACAGAGAAGAAUCGAUGAAUCUUGAUAAGAAUGAGGAUGUGUCUUUGAAGAGAAGGCGUGUGUCCUUUGGUGGUCAUCUAAGACCUGAAUUAUUUGAUGAAAACUUGCCUCCUAAUACACCACUCAAAAGAGGAGAAACACCAGCCAAGAGGAGGUCUCUUGGAACUCAUACUCCAGCUGUCCUAAAGAAAAUCAUCAAGGAGCAGCCUCAAUCAUCAGGAAAAGAAGAAUCUUCAGAAGUGAAAGCACAGAAUGCGUGCAUAGAUGCUCUAGUGCCUAGUCCUAGAAUAACUUCCAUAAGGACAGAUGAUCAAAAGGGAAGGUCAAUGAAGGCCUCCGCUGCCUCUAGUGAUGGGAAAUCCCCACAUGAGACAGACAUGCCUAAGAAAGCAGGGAGGAAGAGUGGCCACUUGUCUUCAAAGAGAGCAUCCAUCAGUCGAAGUCAGCAUGACAUUUUACAGAUGAUUUCUUCCAAAAGAAGAAGUGGUGCUUCUGAAGCAAAUCUAAUUGUUGCAAAAUCAUGGGCAGAUGUGGUAAAACUUGGUGCAAAACAAACACAAAUGAAAGCUGUGAAACCUGGCCCUCAAAGGCAGAUGAACAAAAGACAAAGAAGAUCUAAUACUCUAAAGAAGCCUUCCAUCAAUGUUAAUAAUCAGUUUAGCACAGGUCAUGCAAACUCACCUUGUACCAUAGUAAUAGGGAAAGCUCAGAUUGAAAAAGUAAAUUUGCCUGCUCGGCCCUACAGAAUGCUGAACAGCUUUGUUUUCAACCAAAAAAUGGACUAUAAUGAAGAUCUCUCAGGGCUAACUGAAAUGUUUAAGACUCCAGUGAAGGAGAAGCCACAGAUGAGCACAUGUUCUGUCACACUCUCCAAUUCAGACAAUUUGCUUGGAAAAAAGUCUAAAGUAAUUAGUUCAGGAGCAGAAUCUCUGUCCAUCCCUUCAUUGAAUUUAGGAGAAAAUGUGUACUCUAGUGCUCAGAAUGCAGCAGAAGAACCAUCUGAUAAAUGUUUUGCAAGCCCUACAUUAAGAAGGAAGUGUAUAAAGGAAGAUGAAAAGAUAGUAAAAACUCUUAGGAACUUCCAUGAAAUGACUCAUUUUGAGAUGAAAACUCUAGAAUCUACCACAGAGCCUCUAAAGACAGUAUCUAGUACAAAUAAGUUGAGAAGGUCUGUGGAGCUUACAAAAAUGCAGAUGCAACAUAUAGAAAGUAAGAAUGAAAACAAAGGAGAUACUACUGAGAACUUCAUAGGAAAAAACCUGAGGAAGACACCACUUCGAGAAAAGGAAAAAGAGAGGGAGAUGAAUGAUAUUGAAAGAUCUUUAGAGACAUGUAAGGAAAAUAUGGAAUCAAAUGAAAAUUCUAGAAAGAGAACAACUAUGGGGAGGUCAAGAAGUGGGGGAAAGAAGUAUGAACCCACAGGUGACCUGACAGGUCUCAAGAGAACACCAGCAAGAGAACCCACAGAAUAUGUAUCAGGUACCCAAAUGCUUCUGCAGGAAACAAAUUGUGCCAAAGAAUCACCAAAUGCAGCGGGGACAACUACUGAAAUGCCCUGCAAAUCUCCACAGCCAGAACUAAUCCACUCUUCAACAAGGAGGAAGAGACAGCUAAAGACACCUCUGCCAAAAGUGGAUGUGAAAGAAGUGCCUGCACUGAGGAAGCAUUCAAAAAUAUCAGAGGAAUAUACAUACAUAGUAGGUGGUGAUAAAAGUAUGGAAGUGUUUAAGGAAACUUCAGAGCAGAAAUUGGACCCAACAAUAUAUGCAAUAGAAAUGAAGAGGUGGUCAAGAAUGCCUAAAAAAGCCCAAACUCUGGAAGAUCUAGCUGGCAUCAAAGAACUAUUCCAAAUACCGGAACAUUUAGAUGAGCCCAUAUGCGAAUAUAACACUAAAGUACCCUGCAGAUCUCCGCACACAAAAGCAAUGCGUACCCCAAGAAGGAAAAACACAUCGCUCAACACACUCCCGAGGAAAGUGGAUGUAAAAGAAGAUAAAACCAUGCAUAUCCCAAAAGCAACAGAAAACGAUAACAAAGGCAUAAAAGCUUUCAAGGAAUCUGCAAAGCAGACACAGGAUCUAGUAGCAAAUACAUCUGGCAGCAAGAGAUGGCCAAGAACACCUAAGGCAAAGGCUCAUUCCUUAGAAGACCUGACAGGCUUUCAAGAGCUCUUCCAAGUACCAGGCCACACCAAGGACUCAAUUACGGAACGAGAGGACGAGUCAAGACCAGUGGAUACUUCCACAACCUCAAAGAGAUGUUCCCAGACAAGUCCGGGGAAAAUAGAUGGGAAAGAAGAUCUCUCAACACCCAGAAAACUAACACAGUCACCAGGCAGAGCUGUGCACACACCUACAGUACCAAGUCAGAAGAGGAAAAGCAUCAGAGCAUCUAUGCAAAGUCCAAAGCAGAAAUUGGACCCACCAGAAAAUUUAACGGAACUUAAAAGACCAGCACGAACACCUAAGACAAAGCCCCAGCCUCUGGAAGACCUGGCUGGCUUCCAAGAGCUCUUCCAAACACCAAGCCAUGCCAAGAAGAAGAAAGGCAUCAGAGCAUCUGAGCAAACUCAAAAGCAAAAAUUGGACCUGACAGAAAAUUUAACAGAACUUAAAAGACCAGCACGAACACCUAAGACAAAGGCCCAGCCUCUGGAAGACCUGGCUGGCUUCCAAGAGCUCUUCCAAACCCCAAGUCAUUCCAAGGAGAAGAAAGACAUCAGAGCAUCUGUGCCAACUCCAAAGCAGAAAUUGGACCUGACAGAAAAUUUAACGGAACUUAAAAGACCAGCACGAACACCUAAGACAAAGCCCCAGCCUCUGGAAGACCUGGCUGGCUUCCAAGAGCUCUUCCAAACCCCAAGUCAUUCCAAGGAGAAGAAAGACAUCAGAGCAUCUGAGCAAACUCCAAAGCAAAAAUUGGACCUGACAGAAAAUUUAACAGAACUUAAAAGACCAGCACGAACACCUAAGACAAAGCCCCAGCCUCUGGAAGACCUGGCUGGCUUCCAAGAGCUCUUCCAAACACCAAGCCAUGCCAAGGAGAAGAAAGGCAUCAGAGCAUCUGUGCCAACUCCAAAGCAGAAAUUGGACAUGACAGAAAAUUUAAUGGAGCUUAAAAGGCCAGCACGAACACCUAAGACAAAAGCCCAGCCUGUAGAAGACAUGGCUGGCUUCCAAGAGCUCUUCCAAACACCAAGUCAUUCCAAGGAGAAGAAAGACAUCAGAGCAUCUGUGCAAACUCCAAAACAGAAAUUGGACCCAACAGAAAAUUUAAGAGAACUUAGAAGACCAGCACGAACACCUAAGACAAAGGCCCAGCCUCUAGAAGACCUGGCUGGCUUCCAAGAGCUCUUCCAAACACCAAGCCAUGCCAAGGAGAAGAAAGGCAUCAGACCAUCUGUGCAAACUCCAAAGCAGAAAUUGGACCUGACAGAAAAUUUAACAGAACUUAAAAGACCAGCACGAACACCUAAGACAAAGGCCCAGCCUCUAGAAGACUUGGCUGGCUUCCAGGAGCUCUUCCAAACACCAAGCCAUUCCAAGAACUCAGUGACUACAGAAGAAACCCCUAGAACAUCCUUUAUAUCUCUACAACCAAUGCCAGCAUACACUCCAACAACCUCAAAUAGACGUUCUAAAAUAAGUUUAGGGAAAGUAGAUAUUAAAGAACAGCUCCCAUCACAGAAGAAAGUAACACAGUCACCAGGUAAAGCCAUGCAUGCUUCUCUGGUUCCAGUUCAGGAAAAAGGUAUCAGAGCAUCUAUAGAAACUCCAAAGCAGAAACUGGACCAGACAGAAAAUUUAGCUGGACUUGACAGAUGCCUGCGAACACCUAAGACAAAGGCCCAACCCCUCGAAGACCUGUUUGGCUUCCAAGAGCUCUUCCCAACAUCAGGUCAUGGCAAGGACCCCAUGGAUUCUAAGAAAACCACAAAAAUGGUCUGUGGAUCUCCACAACCAGCACCAGUGGACACCCCAACUUCAAAGAGAUGUCGUAAGACAAGUCUGGGGAAAGUGGAUGUAAAAGAAGAGCUCUCAUUAGUGAGAGAGCUGACUCAAAUGUCAGAGCAAACCAUAUACACACUGAAAGUAAAAGUAGGUGGUGGUGACAAAAGUAUCUGCUCUGAUAAAUCUUCAGAGCAGACCCUGGACCCAGCCACAAAUGUAUCUGGCAGCAAAAGACAGCGAAGAGCAACUAAAACAGAGACUCAGCUCCUAGAAGAUCUGACUGGCUUCCAAGAGCUCUUCCAAACUCCAGGUGAUGCCAAGGACCCAGUGACUACUGAUGAAAUGACAAAAAUACCCUGCAUUUCUCCACAACCAGAGCCACUUAGAACACCACUAACCUUAAACAGACGUCCCAGGACAAGUCUGGGGAUAAUGAAUAUGAAAGAAGUGCUCUCAGGCCCCAGGAAACAAACACAGUCACCAGCCAAAUCCUUGCACACAUCUGUAGUACUGGUUCAGGAGGAGAAAGGCAUCAGAGCAUCUGCUGAAACUCCAAACCAGAAACUGGACCCUGCUGAACAUUUACAUGGAUUUGAGAGACAGUCACGAACACUUAAGGAAAAGAUCCAGCCCCUAGAAGCCCUGACUGGCUUCCAAGAGUUCUUUGAAACACCUGAGCGUGUCAAAGACCCAAUAACUCUUGGUGAAACUACAAAAAUGUCCAGUAGAUUUGUACAACCAGGACCACUAAACUCCCCAGCAACCUCAAAGAGACGUCCUAAGAUAAGUCUGGAGAGAGCAGAUAGGAAAGAGAUGUCUCCUUUGAGGAAGUUCAUGCAAACAACAGGGGAAGCCAUGCACACAUCCAAAGUAUUAGAAGUUGAUGACAAAGUUUUUAAGGACUUUGUAGAACAGACACUGCUACCUGUAGCAACAAGCAACAAGAGGCAGCCAAAGAAACGUAAAGAGGAAGUCCCAUUCUCAGAAGGCCUAGCUGGCUUUCAGGAGCUCUUCCAAACAACAGGCCAUACCAAAGACCCCAUAAAUAUUGAUGAAACUACAGAAAUGCCCUGCAUAUCUCUGCGAACAGAAUCAAUGAACACUCCAAGAGUAGUGAGACAGUCCACAAGUCUAGGGAAAAAAAAUGUAAAAGAGCACUCAGUGAUAAAUUUAACACAAAUUGCUGGGAAAAUUGCACACACACGUGAAGAGCCCACAGAUGUUAAAGGAUAUGAAGUGUUUAAAAUAUCCACAAAGCAGAAACUCAACUCAGCAGAAAGUGGUACUGGCAGCAAGAGACUGAGAGGAGAAUCUAAGAAAAACUCUCAACCUCUAGAAGACCUAACUGGCUCCAAAGAGCUCUUCCAAACACCAGAUCACACUGAGGAAUCAAUGAGUGAUGAACGAACUACAAAAACACCUCCCAAAUCACAACCAGAAGCAGUGGACACUCCCAGAAGGAAAAAAGCAUUGCCCAGCACACCCAGAGGGAAAGGGGAUGCAAAAGAACAAGUCAUAUGUACACCAAAAACAAUAGAAAGUGAUUACAAAAACAUUAAGCCUCAUAAGGAAUCUGCAAAGCAGACAGUGGACAUAGUAGCAAAUGUAUCUGGUAGCAGGAGAUGGCCAAGGAUACCUAAGAUAAAGACCCAUGUUCUGGAAGACCUGACUGGCUUUCAAGAGCUCUUCCAAACACCAGACCAUGCCAAAGACCAAAUGACAAUUGAUGAGACUACAAAAAUGCCCUGUACAUCUCUGCAACCAGGACCAAUGUACACUCCAACAACCUCAAAGAGACAUUCUAAAACAAGUCUUGGGAAAAUAGAUGGGAAAGGAGAGCUGUCUUUCAGGAAACAAAUUCAGUCACUAGGUAGAGCUAUGCACACACCUUCAGGAGCAGCUCAGGAGCAGGAAGGCAUCAGAGCAUCCACUGAAAUGCCAAAUCAGAAACUGGACCUGACAGAAAAUUUAACUGGACUUAGGAGACAGUCACAAGCACCUAAAGCAAAGGCCCAGCCUCUGGAAGAUCUGUGUGGUUUCCAAGAACUUUUCCAAACACCAGACCAUGCCAAAAACCGAAUGAAAAAUGAAGAAACUACAAAAAUGCCCUGUACCUCUCUACAACCAGGACCACUGUACAAUUCAACAACUUCAAAGAGACGUUCUAAGACAAGUCUUAAGAAAAUAGAUGGGAAAGAAGAGCUGUCGUCAUUCAGGAGACAAAUACAGUCACCAGGCAGAGCUAUGCACACGCCUUCAGAACUGGUUCAGGAGCAGGAAGGCAUCAGAGCAUCUACGGAAACUCCAAAGCAGAAACUGGACCUGACAGAAAGUUUAACUGGACUUAAGAGACCGUUACGAACACCUAAGGCAAGGGCUCAGCCUCUAGAAGAUCUCUCUGGCUUCCAAGAGCUCUUCCAAACACCAAGCCAUGCCAAGGACCUGCUGAUUGGAGAGAAACCCCCCCAAACACUCUGCAGAUCUCAGUCAACACCAGUGGGCACUCUAACAACCUCAAAGAGAAGUCCUAAAACAAGUAUUGGAAAAAUGGAUGUGAAAGCAGAGGUUUCAAUGGCGAGAAAACAUACAUUGAGGGGUACCAUGCAUGCACACAAAGAAGCCCUAGAUGGUAAAGGUAAGGAAGUGUUUAAGGAAUCUGCCAAGCGAAAAGUGGACGAAGCAGAAAAUGUAACUGGCAGCAAGAGACUGCGGAGAGCACCCAAGAAAAAGGACCAAUCCCUAGAUGACCUGGGUGGCUUGCAAGAGUUCUUACAAAUGCGAGGACAUGUUGAAGAAUCUAUGAGUGAUGAAAAGGCCACAAUACAGCCCUACAUAUCUCCACAAUCUGAAUCAAUCAGAACUCAAACAAACACACAGAGAGGCCCCAGGACAAGAGUCAGAAAAGUGAAUGCAAAGGAAGAUUCCUCAGCAGCACAAAAGCCAACACGGAUGUCAAGGACCACUAUUCACACCUCUAACGUACCAAAAAAUGACAAAGACAUUGAACCACUGAAGGAACUUGAAAAGAAAAUAGUGGACCUUGCUGCAGGUAUAAGUGGCAGCAGGAGAUGGACAAGAGCAGCUAAGGCAAAAGCUCAGUCCUUACAAGACCAGACUGGCUCCAUAGAACUAAGCCAAACAUUAAACCACACUGAGGAAUCAGCGAGGGAUAAAAAAACCACAAAAAUGCCCUGCAAAUCCCCCCAAGAACCAGAGGACACUUCAGCAACCUCAAAGAGACGACCCAGGACAAGAUUUGGGAAUGUAGACAUGACAGAAGAGCUUUCAACACAGAGAAAACAAACAGGAACAACAGAGGAGACCAUGAACACACAUAAAGAACCUACAGAUGAUAGUAAAAGUAUCAAAGGGUUUAAGGAGUCAACUAAACGAAAACUGGACCCAGAAGAAAAUGUAACUGUCAGCAAGAGGCUGCGAGGGACACAUAAGGAAAAGACCCAACUGCUGGAAGAUCUGGCUAGCUCUAAAGAACUAAUCCCCAAACCACCUUACACUGAGGAAUCAUUGAGGGAUAAAAAAACUACAAAAAUGCCCUGCAAAUCUUUACAACCAGUGCUAGCGGACAGUCCAACAAGCACAGAGAGACAACUCAGGCCAAGACUUAGGAAUGUGAAUGUAAGAGAAGGACUCUUGGCUAUGAGGAAGCCAACACGAAUGUCAAGGGCCACCACCCACACUUCCAAAGUGCCAGAAGGUGAUGACAAAGAUAUCAAAACUUUUAAGGAAUCUUCAGAACAGACACUAGACCCAGCCACUAGGGCAACAAGCAGCAGUAGGUACUCAAGAGCAUCUAAGGCAAAGUCUCAAGUGCAAGACCUACCUACCCCUAAGGAAAUAAGCCAAACCCCAGACCAUACUGAAGAACAAAUAAAUGAUGUUCAUAGCCUGAAGAGUACUCUACAGAAAACACCUGACAGCAUAAAACCUCUGAAAAUACUUAGAAGAGUUAUUAGGGUCCCCAAAGAAAAAGCCAUAGAUUUGAUGGAUACCAAAGACCCUGCAGUAUCGCAAAGCAAAAGUAACGUAUCAUUGGCCCCAAAGUGGAAAUCCAGCCAAGAUAGAAGUAUCUCAAGAACCAGGGGCUGUGUUACUAUACCACAGGACACAAUAGAGAAGAAUCUGGUCCACAAUAAACAGAGGACUACUCCUAGGGAGAGAUACAAAUGCCCUGAUCCCUUGAACAUAAUGAAGAAACGUGCGAGAGUUGUUAUAAACAGAAUUGAAUCUGUAGAAGAACAGAACAACAAUAUGAAAUCUAUCCAAAAAAGCCAGACAGUACAAGACUCGAGUGCUCCAAAUAAGGGAAUGUCUUUGCGCUCCAGAAACCAUGAUAAAGGUGGCGUAAACCAGCAAAGACUUGAAAUUCCUGUAUCAGAAGAGGCCAAAAUAAAGAGACCUGAAAAGAAGGCCAUGAAGACAUCUGAAGAGACAGAGCAACAACAGAACCCACAUGAUGGAGCUGGGAAACCUACAUCUAAGGGCAAGGUUAGUGGAAACAGGAUAUGCUUGAGAUCUGGAAGGCAAAAUAAGAACUCCCAGCUUCAUACAGCAGAGAAGGAAACGAUGGAAAUCCUUGUGAAGAAUCAGAAAGAAAAGGAAGUAACCAAAAAUUCAGACCCUGUAAAUUUGAGAUCCAGAAGGGCUAAAAUUCAGCCAGAAGGAAACACUUUGGAGAGUGACUCUGAGCAGAGAAUAACUGGAGGUGCCAAGAGAUGUGCAGAAAAUCCAAAGAAGGAUGAAGACAUCAAGGAUACUAAGAAAAUAAGAACCCGAAGUCAUCGGAAUAGUGAAGAUAUUUAGCAAAUAAAUUUAAGGGAGAAAAAUAUAUAAUAUUUAGACGUAAGUUCUAGUUUAAUUUUCACCAUCAAUGUAAAGUGAACUCUGUAAAUAAUUGUAUCUGUGUAUUUAAGGGAAGAAAACCUAGAAUCUUUUAGCUUUGCAUCUUGGUGAUAACCACCAUCUUGUCUGCCAGGUGACUCUGUCUUGCUUUCCAAACCCUACUCCAUAAAAUCCUGAAGAUAGCUGAGCAUCUGGUGCCAGGCACGGAUGCCUGGACUGUUUCUUAACUGCCCUCUGAUGUGUUAAUAGUCUUUGAGAGAGCCCACAUACAUACAUUUGUCUAGCAUAGCAUAUAAGCCCCUUCCUUGUGUCUCUGAAUCUAGGAAUCCUGUGUUGCUGCUUACCGAGACAGGCUUCUGUCCCUUGUCUAUCAAGCUCUUAAUAAAUUGCAUUCUUUGUUAAAAAAAUAAAAGAAUUUUCUGAAUUGUCUUUAAAAGCCAUGCUGGGGGUUCUGGAGUUCUAAUUUCAAUGUUUGGUAGUAGACUGGCAAAGGCAUACUCUUCUGUGUUGGAGAAUAAAGC